AUGCCGACAAGUCGUUCUCAGAUGGUAAAACGUCCGUUGAACGAGAGUCCCACCGAGGAAGGGCUGCGGACAUCGAAGAGAAGUAAGCCUGUAUUUUUCGAUUAUCGCUUAUACGUAUCUCUCAUUGAACAAUUUGAAGAAGGGUCAGCCAUUUCCAUUCCAGUUCAAGCAUUGACUCAGCAAGAAGCAGAAAACUCUAGUUCGCAGACUCCUCGGUCAGCAACCCAGAGGGGGGUAGAGCGAGGUCUGAGCGAGUUUUCCUCUCGAUCUCCCUCCCCUGAACAGCUCGAAGAAGAUGUAGAGUCGGAUUGGAGCGAAUCUUCCUUUUCCUCUCGCACUGCCUCUCCUGAACAGCCCGAAAAGGAGGUAGAGUCCAGUCUGAGCGAGAUUUCCCCUCACUCUUCCUCCGAUGACCAACCUGGAGACUCGCCAACUUCCAUUUUGCCACCAGCUGAGAUAACUCACAGGGGCGUAGAGCCCAGCUUGAGCGAGCCUUCCUCUCCGACUUCGCCCCCGGAACAACCUGAAGUCUCAGUCUGUUUAAAUCCGCCUCUAUCUGAACCGCUACCCGUAUCAAGAUCAUACUCUGCAAAGUACAACUCGGGCUUGGCAGAACCAGUGGGAAAAGAAGACCAAGGGCACACAGAGUCCCUACUUCUCAAUCUCCCGACCGAAGUCAUAGACAUGAUCAUAAAACAAAGUCAAGGUCCGUUGGAAUAUCUCAAUUUCGCAUCAACAUGCAAGACCCUGCUGGAAAUCACCAGCAGAUGUCUCCCUGGACUCAGCCUGGAUAAAAGUACAGAAGCCUACAAUAACAUCAUUCUCAAUCUACGGCAUCGCUUCGGUACCGAUUUUCUAAGCUGCUGUUACGCGGUGAUGCGAUACCGGAAACUAUGGAGAAACAUGGUAUUACGGAAGAACACUGACUCACUGGACACUGAAUCAUGGAGAAAUUCUGACCUUAUUCCCCUUCGGAAAGUUCAGAACUUCAACAAAGAACAGUUUCUUGAACCCCCUGUCCUUGUACCAGAGGCCUGUUGGGGCGGAAAAUUGUUACGGCAGGAUUAUUAUCUCAUGUCAACAGUACUACAUCAAGCGGAGAUUGUCGUCAAAGAGUUGUCUAAAACGGCCUUCCAGAACACGGCGGCUUUUGAGAACCUGGGCUAUCGACACCAUGACUAUGACGAGUCAAGCCCUGUUGUUGUUGUACUGACACAAGAUGAGAGGUCGAGGUUUCUAAACGCUGUGUUGCAGUAUGAGUAUUAUUGCUGCUUAUUCUUCUACAAGGGUAAUGUUGUGUUUGAAAAUGAGACCAAACGUCAUGAGGGUUUCUUUGACAAUCGGAAUUACUCGGGUCUUUCUGAGAUCCUUGGGUUCUACAGUGUUGUCAUGUGUGUAUACACGUUCUAUUAUGACCUUAUCCAAACAAUGAGAUACACUGCGUUCAACAACACUACAGUCGAGAAGGUUAUGUACUUCCGCUUGGCCGAUUGGACAAAGGUGUUGAGAUUUGUACAUUUUUUGUUAUGCCAGGGCAUACAUCUAUUUGCAAAGGUAUACGUCAUGGAUUCACACAGGCGGAUGGAAUUCCUUCUGGGGGAGUUUUUCGAGCACAAGGAUAAUAAAAUCUAUCCGGUAAUUGAUGUUUGGGGUCGCGAUUCCAAUGGUGAUACGCACGGAGAGACCAUUUGGACGCCAUGGGCCUACAGCGACAAGGUCUUAGGCCCUACGGAGAGGCUAUUUCUACGGAGUGCUUUCGCGUUGUGGGACUCUGAACGUCUAGACAAGAUGAAGUCAACAGUAGCUAUAAGACCCCGAUGCUGA